AUGGUAGAUUUAAACAAACGAUCUUUUUGGCAUUUUACAUUAAAAGACAUAUUAACUAUUAUAUCUUCAGUUGCUAUACCCAUAGCUCUUGCUAUUUAUACUACAAUUGGGUCUCAACAACAAAAACGAGAAGCUGAGAAAAAACAAAAGUUUGAUUUUGAACAAUCAAGAGAAUUAAGACAACAAACACUUUAUGAUGAAUUUUUAAAUAAUAUUUAUAAAUUAGAUAAAGAUGGUUAUCUCAAUGACACAAAAAAUCCAUGGGCAUUUGCAAAUGCAUAUUAUCGUGCUGCUCAUCGUCAAUGGGAUACAAUACGGAAAGGAGAUGUUAUACAAUUUCUUAAAGAAAAGCAAUUAAUUGGCAGAAAUAAUUGUAGUAAUGGAUGUAGAACGACAAAAUUAGAUGAUAUAAUUCGUUUAAAUGAGUUAAACUUUGAUAAGGUACAUCUAGCAAGUGAAACUGGUGUAUUAAAUAAGCUGAACUUACAAUGUGUUUCUUUUGAUCAAGUAUCAAUGUCAAAUGCAAUAUUUUCAUCAGUUAAUUUAAAUGGUGCAUCAUUUGAUGGAGGACGAUUGGAUAAAGUUAGAUUUGAUGGUUCAUCUUUACUUUGUGCUAGUUUUAAUGGUGUAAAUCUAUCGGGAGUAGAUUUUGGAAACUCAAAUCUGACAGGUGCACACUUUUCAAAUAGUGAUUUGUCAGGAGCUAAAAUAACGCAAGAUCAAAUAAAUCAGGCAUCUUUUGAUAAUGUAAUUAUGCCAAACGGAGAGAAGAGUGAAAUUAAACCCUCAACGACAGCAAAACAACCUAUAGCACAAACAGCAACAAUAGUAAAAACUAAAAUGUCAACAACAACAUCAUCAUCCUCAACUACAUCACUGACAACAACGGCAUUAGCAACAACAACAAUAACAAUAACGUCAUCAACGUCGACAACAGCAACAACAACAACAUCAUCAACAAAAGAAACAUCAUUAACAGCAGAAGCAACAUUACUAUUAACAGAAGCGACAUCAUCAACAGAAGAAACAUCAAUCGCUUGUAAUAGUAUAUUUCUUAACCAAACUAUUUACUCAGUUGCUCAAGGUCCAGAACCAAUAGUAGUAGCCGAUGUGAACAACGACAAUCAACCAGAUAUUGUUAUUACAAAUAGAUAUAUAAACAUCGUCAGUGUUCUUCUCAAUACAGGCAACGGCAUUUUUUCUCCUCCAACUGUUUACUCAGUUGAUGCACAGCCAACGGGAGUAGCAGUAGCCGAUGUGAACGACGACAAUAAACCCGAUAUUGUCACUGCAAAUUACGGUUCAAACACCAUCAGUGUUCUUCUCAACAGAGGCAAUGGUACUUUUUCUACUCAAGUUACUUAUGCAGUUAGUGCACAUCCAGUGGCAGUAGCAGUAGCUGAUGUGAACAGCGACAACAAAUCCGAUAUUGUCACUACAAAUAUGAAUGACGAAACUGUCAGUAUCCUCCUGAACACAGGCAAUGGUACUUUUUCACCUCAAACUACUUACGCAGUUGAUGGGAAUUCAGCGUCAGUAGCGGUAGCUGAUGUGAACAGCGACAGUAAACCCGAUAUUGUCACUGCAAGUUACAUUUCAAACACCAUCAGUGUUCUUCUCAACAGAGGCAAUGGUACUUUUUCUACUCGAGUUACUUACGCAGUUAGUGCACAUCCAGUGACAGUAGCAGUAGCUGAUGUGAACAGCGACAAACAACCUGAUAUUGUUACUACAAAUUCCCCUUCAAACACCGUCAGUGUUCUUCUCAACAGAAGCAACGGCACUUUUUCUCCUCAAGUUACUUACUCAGCUGGUGUUGCUCCAUGGUCAGUAGCUGUAGCCGAUGUGAACAGCGACAGUAAACCCGAUAUUGUCACUGCAAAUAAACAUUCAGGCACCGUCAGUUUGCUUCUCAACACAGGCAAUGGCACUUUUUCGCCUCAAAUUAGUUACUCAGUUGGCGUAAGUCCACAAUCAGUAGCAAUAGCCGAUGUGAACGGUGACAACAAGCCCGAUAUUAUCGCCACAAACUAUGAUGGAAACACCGUCAGUGUUCUCCUUCACUGUUAA